AUGGCAUCAAGACAUAAACUGAACAUUGAGGAUGGAGACAAGAGACGGGAACGAGACCGGCAGAAGAGCCGUUCAAAGUCACGAUCACCUAGAAGAAAUCGAAGUAGAAGUAGGGAACGAGAACGAAAGCGAAGUCGUUCUCGUUCUCCUAAUGAAAAGAUACGGCGACCCACGGUAGAAAUUAAUCCUUUUAGUGGACAAGCUUAUACUCAACGUUAUUUUGAAAUCUACAAAAAGAGAGUAGCACUUCCAGUCUGGGAAUACAAGGACAAAUUUUUAGAAGUUCUUGAUAAAAAUCAAUGUUUAACUUUGGUUGGUGAAACUGGAUCAGGAAAAACAACUCAGAUUCCGCAAUGGUGUUUAGAAUAUUGUAAGUCUCGUACAUCUCCAGGUCAACGACGAUUAGUUGCUUGUACUCAACCCCGAAGAGUAGCAGCUAUGAGUGUUGCAACUCGUGUUGCUGAAGAAAUGGAUGUGCAAUUAGGUGCCGAAGUAGGCUAUUCAAUACGUUUUGAAGAUUGUGUCAGUGAUCGUACAAUACUUAAAUAUUGUACUGAUGGUAUGCUUUUGCGUGAAGCUAUGAACAGUCCAUUGCUUGAUAAUUAUGGGGUGAUUAUACUGGAUGAAGCGCACGAACGUACUCUGGCUACUGAUAUCCUCAUGGGUUUAAUCAAGGAGAUUGUGCGACAACGAAAGGAUAUAAAAAUAGUGGUGAUGAGUGCAACAUUGGAUUCAGGGAAGUUCCAGAAUUAUUUCGAAAAUUGUCCACUAAUGUCUGUUCCCGGUCGCACAUUUCCUGUCGAAAUAUUUUACACACCAGAGCCUGAAAAAGACUACUUAGAAGCUGCAAUUAGAACUGUUGUCCAAAUUCACGUUUGCGAAGAAGUUGAAGGGGAUAUAUUGUUGUUUUUAACAGGACAAGAGGAGAUAGAAGAAGCCUGUAAGCGUAUUAAACGUGAAAUCGAUAAUCUGGGUCAUGAAAUUGGAGAAUUGAAAUGCAUACCACUGUAUUCCACUUUACCACCUAAUUUGCAACAAAGGAUUUUCGAGUCACCGCCACCAAAACGGCCAAGCGGAGCUAUUGGUCGCAAAUGUGUCGUCUCAACGAAUAUUGCCGAGACGUCACUUACAAUUGAUGGCGUUGUUUUCGUGAUUGACCCAGGAUUCUCAAAGCAGAAGGUUUGUACAAGAAGACUGCUGAAAGACAGUAGUUGCUCUGUAUCAACGGAUACUAGUGUGAUACAUAUUGGUGUAUAUGGUACCGUGGUUUAUAAUCCAAGAAUUCGUGUUGAGUCGUUACUUGUAUGUCCAAUAUCGAAAGCAUCUGCCAUGCAACGUGCUGGCCGAGCAGGAAGGACAAAACCUGGCAAAUGUUUUCGCUUAUAUACAGAAAAGGCGUAUAAAAAUGAAAUGACUGAUCAAACGUAUCCAGAAAUCUUGAGAUCAAAUUUGGGCACAGUGGUAUUGCAGUUAAAAAAACUUGGAGUUGAAGAUCUCGUUCAUUUUGAUUUUAUGGAUCCACCAGCUCCUGAAACUUUAAUGCGUGCAUUGGAGAUGUUGAAUUAUCUAGCCGCUAUUGACGACAAUGGAGAAUUGACUCAGUUAGGUUCUCUGAUGGCAGAAUUUCCACUAGAUCCUCAGCUUGCGAAAAUGGUAAUUGCGUCAACGGAGCUGAACUGUUCGAAUGAAAUUCUUAGUGUCACAGCUAUGCUAUCAGUACCUCAGUGUUUCGUGCGUCCAACAGAAGCGAAAAAAGCGGCGGAUGAUGCCAAAGCUCGUUUUGCUCACAUCGAUGGAGACCAUUUAACCUUGCUGAAUGUUUAUCAUGCAUUCAAACAAAAUCGUGAAGAUGUACAGUGGUGCUAUGAUAAUUUCAUCAACUACCGUGCAUUAAAGAAUGCGGAUAAUGUAAGAACGCAGCUUGCGCGAAUCAUGGAUAAAUUUAGCUUAAAACGAGUUUCAACUGAUUUCAAGAGCAAAGACUACUAUAUCAAUAUUCGUAAAGCUCUUGUGGCAGGGUUUUUCAUGCAGGUCGCACAUCUAGAGCGUAGUGGACAUUAUAUUACCGUAAAAGAUAAUCAGUUAGUACAGUUGCAUCCAUCUACAGUAUUAGAUCAUAAACCUGAAUGGGCAUUGUACAAUGAAUUUGUAUUAACUACAAAGAAUUUCAUACGAACAGUGACCGAUGUAAAACCUGAGUGGCUCGUCCAGAUGGCUCCUCAGUACUACGACAUGUCCACAUUUCCGGAUUGUGAUGCUAAAAAGAAAUUGCAACACACUAUUUCCACUUUGCAAACCUUACGGGCUUCACACGGUAUUUAA